AUGGAAUCCAUUCUAUCGAGUGCGAUUGUGUUCUCUUUAAUACGGAACUCUGCUGCCAUAUACGGUUGCCCAGGUGGUGGUGGUUUAUUGUCGAGCGUACUCGGUGUCGGUGGCGGUUACGGCAACAUCGGUGGAUACGGAUAUGGCCGAUGCGGACCUGACACGAUUUUCUAUCAUUGGACAUGCUGUGACUAUAAUCCCUAUGACUGCUGCAUCCAGUUGGAAACCUGGGUGAUGUGA